AUGAUGACCGAAAAUAGAAUUAGUUCAAGUAAUUACGUCGGAAACAGUAUGACCAGUCAGAAUAAGGGAGAUGUCGAUAAAAGUAUCGACGACAUCGGUUGGAAAGCAAAAUUAAAAAUACCCCCGAAAGACAGGAGAAUAAAGACUAGUGAUGUAACAGACACAAGAGGUAAUGAGUUUGAAGAGUUUUGCCUAAAACGAGAGCUGCUGAUGGGCAUUUUUGAAAAAGGCUGGGAAAAACCUUCCCCCAUCCAAGAGGCUUCUAUUCCUAUCGCACUUAGUGGCAAAGACGUCCUUGCAAGAGCUAAAAAUGGAACUGGCAAAACUGGAGCAUAUUGUAUUCCAGUUUUAGAACAGGUGGAUCCCAAAAAAGAUGCUAUUCAAGCUUUAGUUGUGGUACCCACUAGAGAGCUAGCACUCCAGACAUCACAAAUUUGCAUUGAACUGGCGAAGCAUACAGAUAUUCGUGUCAUGGUCACUACAGGAGGUACAAAUCUUCGGGAUGACAUUAUGCGUAUUUAUCAGAAUGUCCAAGUAAUUAUUGCUACGCCAGGUCGUAUGAUUGAUCUCAUGGAUAAACAAGUAGCUAAGAUGGACCAGUGCAGGAUGCUGGUACUUGAUGAGGCAGAUAAACUUCUUUCUCAAGACUUUAAAGGCAUGUUAGAUAUGGUUAUUUCACGAUUACCUAAAGAACGCCAGAUCUUGCUGUUCUCGGCCACUUUCCCACUAAGCGUGAAACAGUUCAUGGAAAAACACUUAAGAGAACCUUAUGAGAUUAAUCUUAUGGAGGAACUUACAUUGAAAGGUGUUACACAGUACUAUGCAUUUGUACAAGAAAGACAGAAAGUGCAUUGUUUAAAUACACUUUUUUCAAAGUUGCAAAUAAACCAGUCUAUCAUAUUCUGCAAUUCAACUCAGCGUGUAGAGCUGCUCGCAAAGAAAAUAACAGAACUAGGUUACUGUUGUUAUUACAUACAUGCACGCAUGGCGCAGGCGCACCGUAAUCGCGUUUUUCAUGAUUUUCGUGCGGGACUGUGCCGUAACCUAGUGUGUUCAGAUCUCUUUACUAGAGGUAUCGAUGUGCAAGCCGUCAACGUCGUAAUAAAUUUCGAUUUCCCCCGUAUGGCAGAGACGUACCUGCAUCGUAUCGGUCGCUCAGGUCGUUUCGGCCACUUGGGUAUCGCCAUUAAUCUAAUCACAUACGAAGACCGCUUCGCAUUACAUCGCAUCGAGCAGGAGCUGGGCACGGAGAUCAAGCCGAUCCCGAAGGUGAUCGACCCCGCGCUGUACGUGUCGCGCCCGGACGACGACGACUCGGCCGACAAGUAA